AUGGACUUCCAAGAGAGGCUCAUCACAGUGACUCGUUCUCUGCCUUAUAUCCUCGAUGCCUUGCAGUCAUUGAGUUCAAGCUCAAGGGUGGGUUCUAUGAUUGUUGAUCUUUUCGCAAGUGAGGCGCUUAUUUGUGCAAAGGAGCUCAACAUGUUAUCCUUCAUCUACAUUCCAACAUCGGCUAUGACACUGUCUUUGUACCCCAAUUUGCCAAAGCUGGAUCAGACACUUUCCACUGAAUUCACAGACCUAACACAACCCAUUGAAAUCCCUGGUUGUGUGCCAAUCCGUGGCAGAGACCUACCAAAACCUUUUCGGGAUCGAACCAGCCAAAUGUAUUCGUUCUUUCUUCAACGAAGCAAAACGCUUCAUGUAGCUGAUGGAAUCUUGGUUAAUAACUUCAAACUGGAUUAGAUAGUGUAACAACAAAUUAAAGGGUGUGAAUGUUUAAGGUGGUUGGAGAAACAGGUACCUAAUUCUGUUCUUUAUGUUAGCUUUGGAAGUGGAGGGACACUUUCACAAGACCAAUUCAAUGAGCUAGCUUUGGGGUUGGAGCUAAGCGGUAAGAAAUUCUUGUGGGUUGUGAGAGCACCAAGUGAAUCACAAAAUUCUGUUCACCUUGGUUGUGAAAGUGAUGACCCUUUACGGUUCAUUGAGAGGACCAAGGGGAAGGAACACGGUUUGGUGGCUUCUUCAUGGGCACCUCAAGUUCUUUCUCAUAAUGUAACUGGUGGGUUUUUAACUCACUUUGGAUGGAACUCUACCCUUGAGAGUAUUGUGAAUGGUGUGCCUCUAAUAGCGUGGCCUUUGUAUGCUGAGCAGGGAAUGAAUGCGGUUAUGUUAACUAAUGACCUAAAAGUGGCACUAAGGCCGAAGGAUAAUGAAAAGGGUUUGGUGGAAAGAGAUCAAGUUGCUAAGUUUAUAAGGAGACUAAUGGAGGAUCAAGAAGGAAGGGAAAUCGGUGAGAGAAUCCAAAAUUCGAAAAAUGCUGCUGCUGAAACCCUGCAAGAAGAAGGAUCAUCUACAAAAACUUUGAUUCAGUUGGGAGUUUAUUUGUUGGGUAAGUAA